AUGCUGGAAGUUUCCAAACUGCUGCUUUAUUUUGCCACAACCACCACCAUCCCCAAAAUGCUGGCGAUGUUUCUGGCCAACGCUAAAACCAUCUCAUUUUGUGGCUGUUUCCUGCAGAUGUACGGUUUUCACGGGUUGACGGUAACCGAAGCACUUCUCCUGGUGGUCAUGGCUUACGAUCACUACGAAGCCAUCUGCAACCCCCUCCGUUACCCAGCCAAGGUGACAAGAAGAGUGAACAUCCUGCUGGUGGCAAGCGCCUGGAUCACCGCGCUGCUAAUACCCGCACCCGUCAUCGCGCAGACAUCUCGGCUGGUUUACAGGGACAUGACCAGGGUCAACCACUGCUUUCGUGACCACCUGGCAGUGGUAUAAGCCACGUGCUCUGAUUUCAGCGCCGAUUUCCAGACCUUCUUGGCGUUCUCCAUCGCUAUGACAGUGUCGGUCAUUCCUCUGGUGCUCGUCACUCUCUUGUACAUCCGCACCAUCCUCUCCGUACUAAAGAUCAACUCCAAAGAAGGAUGGGUGAAAGCUUUUUCAACGUGUACUUCCCAUCUGCUUGUGGUGGGCACUUCCUGCUCCGCCAUCACUGUGGCGUGUGUGUCCUACAGAGUGGACAUCCCCAUCCAUGUCCAUGUCAUGAGCAACGUUGUCUUCUCUAUUUUGACCCCCUCAUUAGAUCCCAUCAUUUACACUUUAUGGAACAAGGAAGUAAAAACUGCAGUUAAAAACUCCAUUUUUCUGAAAUUUUAUUUAUUUGGGUAA